AUGCCAGACACCUCAGAUGACGGAUUCAGCUGGAUGGACGAGGCGCCCCCUGCUGAGGACCGAUGCUGCCGCCACCGGAUCACAUGCACCUCAACGGCGACACUGUCCCCGCUGCUGCUGCUGCUCAACAGGACGGCUCACGAGAGUGGCUCUCCAAAUCAGUGGGAUUGUCCAGAGAAGAGCAGAUCCCUCAGCUCAGAGGGGCACCAUGUGGCCCAAAGAGACAUGACCCAGCUGGACCCGUCCAAAGCUGAAUGCUCCUGGAUGGACGAGAGGAGGGGCAGAGACCGGACCCACCGGACAUCAGAGUCCAGAGGAGAGAGGGAACACGAGAGUGGCUACUUCUCUCCAGACCGAAGAGGUGAUGGUGAGCGGCAGAUGGAGGAGGUCAAGAAGCGGUCGUAUCGUUACUCCGAGCGGGGGCAUCCUCUUCCCAGCAACUAUGUUGCCGAGCCAAAAGCCUGCGUCCCCUACAGGAACGUCAACCUCGAUCGCUACAAGCUCGCAAAGUCCCCUGUGGGAACUCAGCGGAGGAGCUCCCUCUCCAGGAGUCAGGCCCGGUCCCACGACUCCUCUCCGCCUCCGUCGCAUGGCCGUUCUCGGCACGCAUCCAGCAGGUCCAGUCCAUCUCGCAGGAGGGAGUCCGUUGCCUGUCUGACCGCCUCGCCCUCUCGAGCCACCCCUUCCCACAGACACGCAGACACUUUCCAUUUGCAGAACGGUGUGUGCGAUGAUCAAAGGAGGUGCAGCCGGGACUUGAGGAGUCCAUCCCAAUCUUCAAACUUACACAGUUUGGACUCUGAGAAGCUGUACAGGAAUCUGGAGUGCAUCUCUCGCCGAGGCUCCUCGGCCAUCCAGCAACAUUCGUACGAGGGAUCCCAAGCAUCUCCUCGAACCAGAACGGCCGUCAACAGUCCGGCGGACACUCGCAACAGCCGUGAGUUAUCCCCGUCCAGGAACGGCUACAGUACACACAGCCACACCCCACAGAGGGAGCCCCAGUCCAGAGACAGCAGACCGAGUCCAACUCAAGGCUCCUGGCAAGAGUCAUCACACUCUUUACUCAGCCUCCCAACCUCUCGCUGUUCCUCAUCAAGACGAGGUGCGGACCCUCAGAUGUUUGGCGGUUCACUUUCACUUGCAAUCGCAGAACCCGUCAAAGGCCAUGAGGGGAACAAUCAGGUCAGCGGUGAGCGAAGCAGGAGCACCGUGAGGCGAGGCAUGGAGGCCUUGUUGAUCUGUGAACCCAAGAAGGCUGCAGUAGAAACAGAAGAGGGGAGGAAACACUGGUUUGUUCUGGGUGACGCCUCACUGAGGUACUACAGAGAUGCAGAUGCUGAGGAGUCAGAUGAUCUGGAUGGAGAGAUCAACCUGACGUCCUGUGUGAAUGUGUCAGACUGCGAUGUGGAGAAGAACUAUGGACUCCAGAUACAAACAAAGAGAGCAGUGUUCACUCUCUCCAUUACGACCUCCAGAAUACGGCGGAACUGGGUGAAGUUACUAAAGCAGGCGAUCCAGAACAACACGCACCAAUCAGAUACUGGCAGCAAGAAAGAGAACCCCCUCUCCCGGAGACCGUCGUCAUGCCAACCCCCUGCUCGGUUCACCUGCGAGGACUCCGGCUAUGAACCGACCACUUCCACCUCCGGCGCCACGGCCUCAAACCCCCAUCAGGCCGACCACCACCACCACCACCAGACCGCAGACCGGGAUCUGGACUUGUCUCCGUCCAGUCAGAGAGAAGAGGGGGAGGGCUGGGACCACGAGCAAGCCAAGCGAUUGGAGGAGAGGAACAAGUGGUUUGAGAAAGGGGUCCCCUUCAGUGAGAUGGGCAGCAGGUGGGACUCCAUGGAUCUGAAAAGGGGGAGGGUACUUGAUCCCGUCUCUGAGACCAUGGACUCAGACGUCAGCAGGAAGUGGGUAGAAUUUGAGACGUUGACAUUCAGGGAAAUGAGCCCUCAGUCUCUCAUUGGAGCUCAGACGUAUCAAUCGAGCCCAGAAGAGGCAGAACGGCCUGCCACCGGAUCACCAACUGAUAUAUCCAGCCCAUCCGUAAAUGGAGCUCAAACUAUUCAAACAAAUAAAGAGGAAGCUCUUCAAAGGGAGGCCGUCUCUCUUCGAAAGCAGGUGGAGAGCGUCAAGAGGGAGCGCGCAGCCAUGGGGGUCGAGGUGGACAGCCCGUGUGGGCCCGGGGCCCCCUGCAGGGCCCGGCUAGAAGCCAUGGAAGCGGCCCAUCGGAGAACUCUGCAGGAGCUGCAGGAGACGAACGCGAGGGUGAUCGGGGAGCUGGAGGAGCGGAGUGACAGGAUGCUGCGGGAGGAGAGCCAGGCGGCCGCUAGAGCUGUGGCGGCGCUGCGGGCGGCUCACGCAGAGGAGAGGGCGGCGGAGCGCACCAGGAGGCUGACCGGAGGAGCCGGACACCCGGACGCUUCACGCGGAGGCCACAUGCCCCGGGCGGACGCCUCGCCCGGCGAACUGGAUGUGCUGUCCGAGCGCUACACCCAGAAGUGCCUGGAGCUGCGCCGCGCCGAGCAGAACGGCCGGGACCGAGAGGCCGAGCUGGAUCUCAGGGAGAGCGAGCUGGAGCAGCUCAGAAGCGAGAACCAGGAGCUGAAGGCCCGACUGGCGGAAGAGAUCAGCCGCAUGCGCCAUUUCAUCACAGGGCAGAGGUUGGACACGGCCUCUGUCGGCAGCGCCGGGCGCACGGCGUCUGAGUUAGAGACAUUACUCAGAGCGAAAGACAACGAGGUGCAGUAUCUUAAACAGGAAGUUGGCUGUCUGCAGAGCGAAGUGCAGUCGCUCACAAAGGUACAUGUCACGGUCAGACCUCUCCUCUGGUGUUGUCGAACGCUCACAACUUUAAAAACAUCAGCUGACGUGUCCACCGCACUUGUUUCCCACCCUUUGCUCCAGGAGAAAGCAGCGGCCUACGAGCGUUACAAGGAGGCGUACGUGGAGCGGAGUGGUCGCUGCCAGCUGGAGACGGGUUCUCUCAACGAACACUUGAGACUGGCCAACGCCGCCCUGCAGGAGGACGCGAGGCCUACCUGACCAAUGAGGAUAAACGAGGAAUAAUGGCGCCGAGCUGGUGUAAAAAUUGUUUAAAGGAUACAACGAAAUCAUGACAUUGCAAUAACGACAUGUGCCGUUGUGACUGAGAAGAAUCAGAAAAAGUCAGAAAGAAACCACUGUGCAAAGACUGUGAAGCGCAAAUAACAACAAGUGUUCAUCCACGUGUAAUCGACUCCCUUUAUUGAGUUGUCAUACAAACAUGCAAACAAGAGUGAAGGCAUAACUAGUCGUUUUGAUAGCUUCACAUGAUAUGAGAUUUCAACUGAGUGAAUUUAGGAAAAACAAUGAUGAAUAGCAGAGGGGAGAGGGAGGAGACGGGUGGAGGGAUGUCAAAUGUGCCCCAUCUUCCCAAUCUUCCUUGUGCCGGCUGGUGUGCUCUCACUCGAUAUUGCAAAGCACCCUGUUGAUGUGAAUUUAAAAAUAAAUUAACUGUCAUCUUUCUACACCCUUCA